AUGUCGACGCAAAGACCAUUACAGCUAACCCACGGCUCCAUAGAGUACACCUUCCUAGUACCCUACAAUUUGUUCCUCACCUAUUCCCAACUAAAGGAUGAGUUCACAAAAACGCUACCACAGCCCACAGAAGGAUUCGCCGAUGACGAAGAACCUUCAAGUCCUGUUGAAUUAUACGGCAAGUUUUUGGGAUUCCUAAACCAGAAAAAACAAUCUUUACAACUGUCGCAUUCACAAUUACAAUCAGAAGUCGAAGUUGACGAAUUGUUACAAUAUUCAGUCAAGGAUUUCGAAUCUACUUUUUUGAAAAAUGACGAUAAUAUCCAUUCUUUUGCAGUUAAAUUAUUACAAGAUGAAACCUUUCCAACUACUCAACUUAAGGUGAAAAACCUCAUAAAAAAUUACUACAAGUGCGUUUCCUAUAUCCCAAAAAAUGAAUCAAACUUGUUAUACCAUGCUUCGCAAAAAAAUGCCCAAUUAGCAGCAAUAUUUGGUGGUCAGGGUAAUACCGAUGACUAUUUCGAAGAAUUGAGAGAAAUCUAUCAAACUUAUGAAAACUUGGUUGUUGAUGAUUUAUUGAUCCCCAUAAUUGAGAAAUUAAAUCAACUAGUUAAACUGGAUGGAGAAUUUGAUAAAAUUUAUACUCAAGGUUUAAACAUCUUGCACUGGUUGAAACAUCCCGAAUUAACUCCAGAUCAAGAUUAUUUAUUAAGCGUUCCUGUAAGUUGUCCAAUUAUUUGUAUAAUCCAAUUGUGUCAUUAUGCAAUUACUUGUAAAGUAUUGGGGUUUAACCCAGGUGAAUUUAGAGAUUUAACAAGGUGGUCAACUGGUCAUUCUCAAGGUUUAGUCACAGCAGUAGCUAUUGCAGGAUCGUCUUCAUGGGAGUCCUUUUUAUCAAAUGCUAUCAAGGCAACCUCUUUAUUGUUUUUCAUUGGUUCCAGAUGUUUGAGUACAUACCCAAGAACAACUUUGCCUCCUACAAUGUUGCAAGACUCAUUGGAUAAUGGGGAAGGUAGACCAUCGCCAAUGUUAUCAGUAAGAGACUUGCCAAUUGAAAAAGUUGACAAGUUUAUCAAGCAAACAAAUUCACAUUUACCAAAAGAAAAACAUAUUGCUAUAAGUUUGAUUAAUGGUGCUAGAAACUUGGUAUUGUCGGGUCCACCUGAAUCAUUGUAUGGUUUUAAUUUAAACUUGAGAAAUAACAAGGCUCCAAUGGGCUUGGACCAGUCUCGUAUCCCAUUCAGUGAACGGAAAUUGAAAUGUUCAAAUAGAUUUUUGCCAAUAUUUUCACCAUUUCAUUCUCAUUUAUUAGCUGAUGCAACAGAAGCAAUCUUGCAGGAUGUGAAAACCCUAACUUUUGAUCCAUUGCAAAUCCCCGUUUACGAUACAUUUGAUGGAUCAAAUUUACAAGAUGAAAAGGAUUCGUUUAAAUUAAAUGCAAGAUUAAUUAAACUUAUUACUGAGUUACCUGUUCAUUGGGAAUUGGCUACUGACCACAAAGCUACACACAUUAUAGAUUUCGGCCCUGGUGGGGUAUCCGGAUUAGGUAUAUUGACUCAUCGUAAUAAAGAAGGUACUGGUGCAAGAAUCAUUAUUGCUGGUACCUUGGACUUGAAUCCAGUUGAUGAUGAAUAUGGUUUCAAGCAUGAAUUGUUUCAAAAAUCCGAUGAUUUGCAAAUUAAAUGGGCAAGUAAUUGGUUACAAGAGUAUAAGCCUACUUUAGUCAAGACAUUAAAUGGCAAUGGCAAUGGCAAUGGCAAUGGUAAUGGAGGCAAGAUUUACGUCAAGACUAAAUUUUCUCAAUUAUUAGGUAGAGCUCCAUUAAUGAUUCCUGGUAUGACUCCGACAACAGUUAAUCCUGAUAUUGUUGCUGCUUCCUUAAAUGCUGGGUAUCAUAUUGAAAUUGCAGGUGGUGGUUAUUUCGUUGCAUCGAUGAUGACAAGUGCAAUUGAUAAAGUUAUCUCGAAAAUUAAACCAGGUUAUGGAUUAGGUAUCAAUUUGAUUUAUGUUAAUCCAAGAAUGUUGCAAUGGGGUAUUCCCUUGAUUAAAGAGUUGAGAGAAAAAGGUUACCCCAUACAGUCGUUAACUAUUGGUGCUGGUGUUCCUUCAACUGAAGUUGCUACUGAAUAUAUCGAGGAAUUGGGAUUAACUCAUCUUGGAUUGAAACCUGGUUCAAUUGAUGCUAUUAGUCAAGUAAUCACCAUUGCCAAGACCCAUCCUAACUUUCCUAUUGUCUUGCAAUGGACUGGAGGUAGAGGUGGUGGACAUCAUUCAUUUGAGGAUUUCCAUCAACCAAUUUUGCAAAUGUACUCCAAGAUUAGAAGAUGUUCUAAUAUUAUCUUGGUUGCUGGUUCAGGAUUUGGUUCAGAUGAAGAUACGUACCCCUAUUUAACCGGUUCUUGGUCGAAAGAGUUUAAUUACCCACCAAUGCCAUUUGAUGGUGUACUUUUUGGUUCAAGAGUCAUGACUGCCAAAGAAGCCCAUACUUCAUUGGAGGCAAAGAAAUUGAUUGCCAGUUGUAGUGGUGCCCCUGAUGAUAAAUGGGAACAAACUUAUAAAAAACCAACUGGUGGUAUUAUUACCGUUAAGUCGGAAAUGGGUGAACCAAUUCAUAAAAUUGCCACUAGAGGAGUUUUGUUUUGGAAGGAAAUGGAUGAAACAAUUUUCAAUUUGCCAAAGAAUAAACUUGUUGAAGCAUUGAAUAAGAAGAAGGAUUAUAUCAUUGAAAGAUUGAAUAAGGAUUCCCAAAAACCAUGGUUUGGUAAGAAUGCUCAAGAUGGUGUUUGUGACUUGCAAGAGAUGACAUACCAAGAAGUUGCCAAUAGAUUAAUUGAAUUGAUGUAUGUAGAGAAAUCUCAAAGAUGGAUUGAUUUAUCAUUGAGAAAUUUUUUUGGUGAUUUCUUGAGAAGAGUUGAAGAAAGAUUUACAAGUGAUAAAGGUGAUGGUGGUGCUGCUGCUGUUGUAUCAUUGAUUCAAAACUAUUCACAAUUGACUGAAAAGCCACAAGUUUUUGCAAAUGAGUUUUUCAAUCAUUUCCCCUUAGCCAAGAGUCAAUUGAUUUCAGAAGAAGAUUGUGAUUACUUUUUGAUGUGUGCAUUAAGACCUACUCAAAAACCACCUCCAUUUGUCCCAGUAUUAGAUGAAACAUUUGAAUAUUUCUUUAAAAAGGAUUCAUUAUGGCAAUCUGAAGAUUUGGAAACAGUCGUUGAUGAAGAUGUACAAAGAACAUGUAUCUUGCAUGGUCCUGUUGCUUGUCAAUUCACAAACAAGGUAAAUGAACCAAUUGGUGAAAUCUUGGAUAAUAUCCAUGAAGGACACAUUAAAAGAUUAUUGGAAGAUGAAUAUGAAGGUGAUGUUAACAAAGUACCAGUUGUUGAGUACUUUGGUGGCAAAGUCCCUGUUGAUGUUAAGACUAUUGAUAACGUCAAAAUCACCACCACCACCACCACCACCACCAAUGAUGAUAAGAUUGUUUAUGAAAUCGGUUCAAAAGUGCCAACAAACAAGUCUGCUUGGUUAGAUUUAUUAGCCGGACCAAAAUUGAACUGGUUGCAAGCAUUUAUUUCAACUGAUCGUAUUGUUCAAGGCUCAAAACAUGUACCUAAUCCAAUUCAUGAUAUCUUAUCGCCAGCACCUCAUUCCAAAGUGACAAUUGAUAAAACCACACAUACUUUAACAGUUUAUGAAGAAGUUAAAGGUGACUUUAAACCAGUUGUUGAAAUCAAGUUGGCCGCCAACAAAAAAAAUUAUAUUGAGUUGUUAUUGAUUGAACAUAGAACUGCUGAUGGACAAGCUGUUUCCUUACCAUUUUUAUACAAGUAUCAACCAGAAGAUGGUUUUGCUCCAAUUCAUGAAGUUAUGGAUUCAAGAAAUGAUAGAAUUAAGGAGUUUUACUGGAAAUUAUGGUUUGGUUCAAAUGUUCCAUUUGAUUUGGAUAUCAAUGUUGAAGAGCAAAUCUUGGGUGAUGAAGUUACUGUCACUGGUAAGGAUAUUGCUGAGUUCACUCAUGCAAUUGGUAACAAAUGUGAAGCAUUUGUUAAUAGACCAGGAAAAAUCACAUUAGCGCCUAUGGAUUUUGCAAUUGUUAUUGGCUGGAAAGCAAUCAUCAAAGCCAUCUUUCCUAAAACCGUUGAUGGGGAUUUAUUAAAAUUGGUUCAUUUAUCUAAUGGGUACAAGAUGAUCCCCGGAGCUGCUCCUUUAAGAAAAAAUGAUGUAGUUUCUACCAAGGCCGAAAUUAAAGCGGUAUUGAAUCAACCAAGUGGUAAGCUAGUUGAAGUUGUUGGUACUAUAUACCGUGCCAAUAAACCAGUCAUGCAAGUUUCAUCUCAAUUCUUAUACCGUGGUGAAUACACUGAUUAUGAAAAUACAUUCCAAAAAGUUACUGAAACACCAGUACAAGUUGCGUUUAAAUCAUCUAAAGAUUUGGCGGUUUUGAGAUCUAAAGAGUGGUUCCAUUUAACAAAGACUGAUGUUGAAGAGUUUGACAUGUUGACUUUUAGAUGCGAAUCGACAUACAAAUUUGAAUCGGCCAAUGUCUAUUCGUCAAUCACCACUACUGGUCAAGUUUAUUUGGAAUUACCUACAAAAGAAGUUGUUCAAAUUGGUGAAGUUAAUUAUGAAGCUGGCACUUCUUAUGGUAACCCCGUGACUGAUUACUUGUCAAGAAAUGGUAAGACUAUUGAAGAAGCUGUACUUUUUGAAAAUGCCAUUCCAUUAUCAUCGAGUGAAGAGUUGAUUUCCAAGGCUCCAAGUACUAAUGAGCCAUAUGCUAUUGUUUCCGGUGACUAUAAUCCAAUUCACGUUUCAAGGGUAUUUGCCGAGUAUGCGAAAUUGCCAGGAACAAUUACUCAUGGUAUGUACUCUUCUGCUUCGAUUAGAGGUUUGGUGGAGCAAUGGGCAGCUAAUAAUGUUGCUUCAAGAGUUCGUGCCUUCAAGUGCGAGUUUGUUGGAAUGGUUUUGCCCAAUGAUACAUUACAAACAACAAUGGAGCAUGUUGGAAUGAUCAAUGGAAGAAAAAUCAUCAAGGUUGAAACUAAAAAUAUUGAAACCGACUUGCCUGUUUUGAUUGGAGAAGCUGAAAUUGAACAACCAAUUACAACUUAUGUUUUUACAGGUCAAGGAUCACAAGAGCAAAAUAUGGGUAUGGACUUGUACAACUCAUCAGAAGUUGCCAAGGAAGUUUGGGAUAGAGCCGAUAACCAUUUUAUCAACAAUUAUGGUUUCUCAAUCUUGGAUAUUGUUCAAAACAAUCCCCAGGAAUUGACAAUACAUUUUGGUGGAGCCAAAGGUAGAAAGAUUAGGGACAAUUAUAUUGGAAUGAUGUUUGAAACAAUUGGUGAGGAUGGUGAAUUGAAAUCGGAAAAGAUUUUCAAAGAUAUUGAUGAUAAUACCACAUCAUAUACCUUUGUAUCACCCACUGGUUUAUUAUCAGCAACUCAAUUCACUCAACCAGCAUUGACUUUGAUGGAAAAAGCUGCUUACGAAGAUAUUAAAUCAAAAGGUUUGAUUCCUUCAGAUAUAAUGUUUGCUGGCCAUUCAUUAGGUGAAUAUUCGGCAUUGAGUUCAUUAGCCAAUGUUAUGCCAAUUGAAUCAUUAGUCGAUGUCGUAUUUUAUAGAGGUAUGACGAUGCAAGUUGCUGUACCAAGAGAUGAAUUUGGAAGAUCGAAUUAUGGAAUGUGUGCCAUCAAUCCAAGUAGAGUGAGUGCUACAUUUAAUGAUGCUGCAUUGAGAUUUGUUGUUGAAGAGAUUGCAAUAAGAACAAAAUGGUUGUUGGAAAUUGUUAAUUAUAAUGUUGAAAAUCAACAGUAUGUUGCCGCUGGUGAUUUAAGAGCUUUGGAUACAUUGACCAAUGUAUUGAAUGUUUUGAAAAUCAACAAAAUUGAUAUUGUUAAAUUACAGCAACAAUUGUCAGUUGAAGAAGUUAAAGUACAUCUUUAUGAAAUUAUUGAUGAGGUGAAACAAAAGAGUAUUGCCAAACCACAGCCAAUUGAAUUAGAGCGUGGUUUUGCUGUAAUUCCAUUAAAGGGAAUUUCUGUACCUUUCCAUUCAUCAUAUUUGAUGUCUGGAGUCAAGCCAUUCCAAAGAUUUUUGUGUAAAAAGAUUCCUAAAUCAUCAGUUAAACCUCAAGACUUGAUUGGUAAAUACAUUCCAAACUUGACUGCAAAGCCUUUUGAAAUAACAAAAGAGUAUUUCACUGAGGUUUAUAACUUGACAAAAUCUGAUAAGAUUAAGAAUAUCUUGGACAAUUGGGAACAAUUUGAAAAGAAGUAG